AAGCAAGAAAAUCGUGCCAGGAUGUCGGCUCAGGCUCAGAUGAGAGCUUUGCUUGAUCAGCUGAUGGGAACUUCGAGGGAUGGUUCAGUGUAUCUUUGCCAGCCUACAUCUGCAAGGGAGUUGCAGAAAAGCCUCAUGUUCAUCGAGCCGUGAGUCACCAAUGCUUUUUAAAGCUGUUAUGAAUAUGAAAAGAACAAUACUGUUUGCUUUCCAGCAGUAACUGUUUCACACAACACGCUAGUUGGUAACGUAAGAGUGAGCAGAGAGGAUGCGAAGGUUCUGCCCAGAUGGCUGUAGUACAAUCUCUGCAUGAGCAUCUUUGCUCAAAUCUCACAAAAAAAGGAAAGAAAAGCAAAUUCCUCCGCCGACGUCUUCACUUUUGCUCUUGUGUAUCAUUCCAAACUUCCUCAUUUCAGGUUGGGGCAAGAAAAGGUUUUCCCUUUAAACUUUUAGAGGCUUGGACCGCAGGAGGGGUACUGAAUGGGAGAGAUCUCGCAGAGAUGAAUCGAGACAGCGAGUUAAAUUCACAGAUGAGCGUGUCUGCAAAUCACACCUCCUUAACUGCUGCCCGCAUGACAUCCUCUCUGGAACGCGCAUGGACCUUGGGGAAUGCUCCAAGAUACAUGACCUGGCACUGAGAGCAGAUUAUGAGAUUGCCUCUAAAGAGAGAGACCUGUUCUUCGAGCUCGACGCGGUUGAUCACCUGGAGUCGUUUAUUGCCGAUUGUGACCGCAGGACUGAGCUGGCCAAGAAGCGUCUCGCUGAGACACAAGAGGAGAUCAGCGCUGAGGUUGCUGCAAAGGCGGAAAAGGUUCAUGAGUUAAACGAGGAAAUUGGGAAACUCCUGGCAAAGGCUGAGCAGCUUGGUGCUGAAGGAAAUGUGGACGACGCCCAGAAAAUUCUGCAGGAGGUGGAGAAAGUCCGAGCUAAAAAGAAAGAUGCAGAGGAGGAGUACAGGAACUCUAUGCCUGCCUCCAGUUUUCAGCAGCAGAAGUUACGUGUGUGUGAGGUGUGCUCCGCUUACCUGGGUCUACAUGACAACGACCGGCGUCUCGCUGAUCACUUUGGUGGCAAACUGCACCUGGGCUUCAUCCAGAUCAGAGAAAAGCUGGAGCAGUUAAAGAAAACUGUGCAGGAAAAACAGGAGAAACGAAACCAGGAGCGACUUCGGAGAAGAGAAGAAAGGGAGAAGGAGGAGAAAUUGAAAAAGAGGACCAAGUCACGCAGUCGAGAGCGUAAGAGGUCUCGUUCUCGUGAGCGCGAUCGAGAGCGCAGACGCAGACGUUCCCGCUCCGCAUCACGGGAGCGGCGCAAGUCCCGCUCUCGCUCAAGAGAGCGCGACAGACGCCGUAGACACAGAUCUCGCUCCAAUUCCCGAUCACGUCAAAGCCGAGAGGAUUCACACAAGUCUUCACGGGACCGAGAUCGUGAGAGGGACAGCAAGCACAGUUCAUCUGAGCGGAGAUCAGACGGGCUAAAUGGAAGGAUAGAUUCUCGCCGCCAUGACGAUAGAGAGGCUGGAGAAAUCUGAUUCAUCUCAUUCUAUCACAAACACAAUACAUGCCGUUCUCCAACGUUAGACCCACUUUUAUUUAUCCCAUUGACCUUUGUCUGUAGAAAACUGCCUGUUAUGCUCCCUUAAAAUCAUUGUAGGUUUGUCUAUGUCAGUCCAAUGAGAUUUGGUCUGUCUUAUCCAUUGUACAGCAAAUUAAAUGACUUUACAGGCCAGAUUUUUUGUUAUCUUUCUACAACCGUGUACAUGACCACAUCAUCAUUUUUUCUCUGCCUUUAAUGUAUCUCUAAUGAUUGUUUUUUAUUUGUUUGGCUGUGUGUCCUGAGUGGAUGUGGGCAUGUUUUGCAGGAAGCUUGUUUUACGUUCAAACUGACCUCAGAACAGAUUUCAACGCCCUUGUCUUUGAAUAUAGCUGCAAUAUUCCCCAAACAGAGAGAAACUGAGCCUGUUCACUCAGUAGCACACAAGUAGAAAUGUAAUACAUUUAAAGGCAUCUUUCACUGCAUUUUGUUUCAGAUUUUCCAAUGUAUAUGAUAUUUUAUAAUGCUGUUUUGCGUCAUGUUGUCCUUAUCAAAGUGCAUUAAAUGGUUUUAUGAAUAUCA